CCUGGGGCCAGAGCACUGCUAACAUCUCUGGGCUACUGCCAGUGGGCGGGGCUGAUGGGCUGCCCUGGGGGUCCAGAGUUCCAGGCCAGGUCACCCGGGGAAGAGGUGAGCAUUCCAUGGACAUUUCUCAGGGCGAAGCAGGUGCAAUGGGUGUCAGGCUGCGACUGGCCUUCUUGCUGUUGCUGCUGUUCCUGCUUCGAAGCCUGGGGCAGCCGGUAUGGCCUGCAGCCAUGGCCCUGGCACUGCGCUGGCUCCUAGAGGACUCCACCUGCUGUGUGCUGCUUGGCCUGGCCCUACUGGCUUGGCCCUGGCUUGGUCCCUGGAUGCCCCACUGGCUGAGUCUGGGGACUGCGGCCCUCACACUGGCCCUGCUGCCCGCACAGCUGCCCCCCGGGCUGCGCUGGCUGCCUGCUGAUAUGGCCUUUAUCAUCAGGAUCCUCCGCCUGGGCCUGGACGUCAGGGCGCGUUUGAGCCGCCAGCCGCCUGACACUUUUGUGGAUGCCUUUGAGCGGCAGGCACGAGCGCAGCCGGGUCACGCGGCCUUGGUGUGCACAGGGCCAGGGGACUGCUCAGUCACCUUUGGGGAGCUGGAUGCCCGGGCCUGCCAUGCGGCGUGGGCCCUGAAGGCCAAGCUGGGUGGCUCUGUGGGCCCGCAUGCCCAGGAGACUGUUGCCCUUCUGAUGCUGCCCUCCCAGGCCAUUCCUGCCCUGGGCUUGUGGCUGGGGCUGGCCAAGCUGGGCUGCCCAGUGGCCUGGAUCAAUCCACACGGCAGGAGGGCGCCCCUGGUGCACUCGGUGCUGAGCUCUGGGGCUCAGGUGCUGGUGGUGGACCCAGGUGAGGACCCAAGAGGCCAGCGGAGGACAAAAGGGGGCAGGGACAGGAGCAGGGAACAGACAGAGGACCACUAGUCCAAGGGUCCUGGGGCUGGGCAAGGAGCUCCUUCCUCCCCACCCACCCUCACAGGCAAUUAGAGUCAGAACUUAGUUGCUGGAAAGUAAUUCUGAGAGCAGCAGAAUUUGUUUUUUCCUUCACCAUGGCUAUUUCAUUUCUUUUUGCCAAAAAAUACUAAUUUGGGGGUUCUUGACAGAGGAAUGCAGAAGCUUCUCUGCUGGCUGCUUCCUCUGGCUGGCAGUGGGCUCUCCUCCAUCUGUGGGUCUCAAGUCUUCUCUUGAGAACUUGAAGGUGGGCUUUGCCUCAGUUUCUCCUCUGAACCAUCCUUGCAGACCUCCA